UUGCCAGUUCAAAAUGUCUUCGUUUUGUGCUAAUGGCAUCCAUAGCAAUGAUCAUCAAUAUCAUCAUUACGCCUCGUUCCUUGGACCAAGAAGGGUUAGUCGCCAGUCCAAGCGCCAUUCCACUUGCUUCAUCAAUGAGAUGUUUGUAUCCAUGACGUGCACAUCCUACAAAGUGCUGCAAUACCCCCUUCAAGUCAGUAAUCGUCAGUCAGUCCGUCAGUCAGUCAGUCAGCCAGACCGGGUUCCGUAUUUGGAAAUUGAGGGGAAAGAGCGGGUAUUCUUCGUGUUCGAGCUUUACGGCCGAGAAUGAAACAUAGAGUGGAGCGAAAAUGAUCGUUCAAACUUUAGGAUGGGGGCCAGAGGCCAAUUAUAGGCGGACGGCCGGCCAAGAAAACAAGCUCAUCGCACCCAAAAACAAGAGAUUGAAAUGGAAUCCCGCUAGGAGUGAGAGGCCUGGCAGGCGGUCUGAAAUGGACUCGGUAGCAUCUCGAGUUCUCGACCCUCGGCCAUCCCUUCUCCUUCUUCUCCUUCGUCUUCCGACUUCUUCCCUCCCUCGUUGUACUAAGUCUUGGCGAAAACUUCCCCUUCAAUUCAUAUUCAGUUGCAUGUUUGACAUUGAUGUCAAAUGAAGAAUGGUGAGGCCUCGAGUGACGUUCCAACCUUCAAUGCCCAAACUUAAGUAGUCCAGACGACUGGUCAACACAAGGAACAUUAACACCUUCUUCGUGGCACUCUAGAGAGCGGGAUUGAUAGUACUUGUACUUACGCAAGCGUCAAAGGUGCCAGGAGACACGAUCAAGUUAUCGAGAACACCUUGAAUCUUGGCCACCAGAUUGGUGAUGGCGGUUUGUUCCGAUUGGGAAGGACUCAGGUCUUGAUUCCGUUUGAGCAAUGCCUCCCCGUCAUUCUGAUCGAACGAACCUCUUCGGGGUGAUGGUGGCUCUUUCGGGUCUCCAAUUGCUCUUUGUGCCCGCUCAGGCCGUGGAAGCUCUAGCCGUGCCUUCUAUGGCCUCAUUGGAGGAGCGGAGAUCAGUUGGAUCAAUUUGGCAAGAACCACUUGAAUAAGAUCGAGAGCCGUUUGGCCGCUCUCGAGACGAGUGUGACCUCCGUGGAUGCCAAUGUCAAACAUAUUCAAGAACGGGCCCAUGUGUGGGAUACCUUCCAACAUCACGUGACGGCUUGGGCGGACCUGAUGCGGACUUUGGACAGCAAAGUGGACCAUUUGGGUCGUUCGCAGACGGAGAAGCUGACCACGACCACGGAUCAGCUCUUCAAUAUGCAAAGUAAUUGGGAUGCCGGCCUGGCCCAUGUGAAAGCGCGAUUGCAGAAAAUCGAGUCCUCCAUUGCGGCUGGUCAUGACCCUUCGGUGGCCUUCACGGCUCGAGGCAUACUCUCCACCUUGAAACGGGUGGAGAGCAAAUUGGACGCCGUAGUUCGAAAAGAAUCGAGGAUUGACUCAACCGAUGAAGGACGACCCUCGAAGACCCAUUGUCGAGAUGUCUCGGCCUCUUUGGCCGAUAUCAGUGAACGAUUAGAAUAUUUGGAAGAUCACAUUCGUGAAAGUCAAUUCCGCGAGCCCGAGUACAUCUCUGAUUAUGAGAUCGGCGGGGAAAUGUCCGAGUUGAGUGUCACCUCGCCCACGUUGGACAAUCAGAUUAUGCGGGCCAUGCGCCGCAUGACCGUACCUUUAAAGCGCAUACAUAAGCGGCUACGCACUUUAGACACCAUGGAACACAAAUUCGAGGGGAUCCUGGCGCAAAUGGACCAGAGCAUCGAUGGUGCCACCCACGAUAUAGAAGGAAAGUUCAACGACUUCUUCAACAUGACCAUGGAGAUGUUCGAGCACCAACAUCUACAAGUUGAGAAGCAAGGAUUGAA